AUGAGUACGCAAUAUAUUAAUGAGCCAAUCACUUCUGGAAAGGUGACGCUGCACACUACUGCAGGAGACAUUGAAAUAGAGUUAUGGACAAAAGAAGCGCCGCUCGCUUGCAGAAAUUUCAUCCAAUUAUGCAUGGAAGGCUAUUACAAAAACUGCAUAUUUCAUCGAUUGGUUAAAAAUUUCAUCCUGCAAGGCGGAGAUCCAACAGGAACUGGCAAAGGCGGCGAAAGCAUCUAUGGGAAGCCGUUCAAAGACGAAUUCCAUCAACGAUUGCGAUUCAAUCGACGCGGCAUCGUCGGAAUGGCGAACGCCGGAAGAGACGACAACGGAAGUCAGUUCUUUUUCACGAUUGGCGAUCGAGGUGCGCCGGAGCUCGACAAAAAGCACACGGUUUUCGGAAAAGUCACCGGACCGACACUUUUCAAUAUGUUGAAGAUGACAGAAGUCGAGGUGGGACCCGAUGAUCGACCGAUGACGAUGUACAAAAUCACCGGCGCCACAAUCAACAAUAAUCCGUUCGAUGAUAUUGUUCCAAGAGAGAUUAAGAAGAAGAAGGAGAAAAAAGAGAAGAAUGAAAAGAAGAUUGUUGAAGUCAAAAAGACGAGUCUUUUAUCGUUUGGAGAUGAAGCUGACGAGGAUGAAGAAGAGCUUACCAAUUUCAAUAAGAAAGUCGCCAACAAGCCAAAAUCGGCUCACGACGCGUUGAAUGAUGAACGGCUCAGCAAGCAAGUCGCCGUUACCAAGGAUGAAAUGACCAAUUAUGUACCAGAGGAUGAGGAUUAUGAGCGCGACAAGUCAUCAAUUUCGAGCAUUCGCGCGAAACUCAUGAAGAAAACUAACAAGAAUGAUGAGCCAACUGAAGAGGAUCGCGAUGAGGAUUUUGAGAAGCUCAUCGAAGAUGAGAGAAAAGCCAAAGAACGCGAACAAGUAGAAAAAAUGAAUUUGGAGCUGAAAGAUAUGCAGCGCGAGUAUAUGAGGGCUCUAAGGAAGCCGAAAGAGAAGAAAAAGAAGCAAGAUGAUGCGCCGAAAAGCGCUGCAAUGCAGGAAUAUGAGAAUUUGAAAAUGCGAUUCAAAUCGAAAUCGAAACAUUUGGUGAAGCAGAAGGAUGCGCAGAGGGAGACUCAGACACUCCAAAUGCUUGAGAGAUUCAAGAAGCGGCUGCAUGCUUCGAAUCAGGAGGCGAUUCUGUUCGACAAGAAGAUCAAAAUUGACGACGAGGAGAAGAAGAAGGAAGAGGGAGAGGAAGGCGAGGAGAAGAAGUUUGGAAUUGAUUUGGAUGCCGAGGAUUUCGAUGGAACCGAAUGGAUGAACCACAAAUUCAAAGCUGAAGACGUGGUGCUGUCAUCGAAGGCGAAGGACGCGAAUUUGCGCGAAGAGAGCGAGGAUUGGUACAGCAUCACCGAUCCGCGCAACAAAAUGAACAAACGUCGACGCGGCGAAGAAUGA